AUGGCAGAAGAACAACAGCCCGACGCCCAUCAGCAGCUUCCCCCCGGCACCCCCAGCCCGGGGGUGGCCCUGCCAGCGCUGGUGCCCGGGCUGCCAGGGACGGAGGCCAGCGCGCUGCAACACAAGAUCAAGAACUCCAUCUGCAAAACUGUACAAUCUAAAGUGGACUGCAUUUUGCAAGAAGUUGAGAAGUUUACAGACCUAGAGAAACUCUACCUCUACCUUCAGCUGCCUUCUGGUCUCAGCAAUGGAGAGAAAAGUGAUCAGAAUGCCAUGUCAUCGAGCCGGGCACAGCAAAUGCAUGCCUUUUCUUGGAUUCGGAAUACCCUGGAAGAACAUCCUGAGACUUCCCUCCCCAAACAGGAAGUCUACGAUGAGUACAAGAGCUAUUGUGACAAUCUUGGUUACCAUCCCUUAAGUGCUGCUGACUUUGGAAAGAUCAUGAAAAACGUCUUUCCAAACAUGAAGGCACGGCGUUUGGGCACUAGAGGCAAAUCUAAAUAUUGCUACAGUGGACUAAGGAAAAAAGCUUUUGUUCAUAUGCCAACACUGCCCAACCUUGACUUUCACAAAACUGGAGAUGGGUUGGAGGGCACUGAACCUUCUGGGCAGCUUCAGAAUAUUGAUGAGGAAGUUCUGUCUUCUGCUGGCCGACUUGUGUGUGAAUGGGCCCAGAAGGUGUUAAGCCAGCCAUUCGACACAGUCUUGGAGUUAGCCCGCUUCCUUGUAAAAAGUCACUAUAUAGGUACCAAGUCAAUGGCAGCACUGACUGUCAUGGCAGCAGCACCAGCAGGAAUUAAAGGAAUCACCCAGCCUUCUGCUUUUAUACCUACGGCGGAAAGUAAUUCCUUUCAGCCGCAAGUGAAGACUUUGCCAUCCCCAAUUGAUGCUAAACAGCAAUUGCAACGGAAAAUCCAAAAAAAGCAGCAAGAACAGAAACUACAAUCCCCUUUGCCAGGAGAUUCCCCAGCAAAAAAAUCAGAAGGCACUUCCACCAAUGGAGUGGCUAAUCUUCCCAAUGGAAACCCUGCGAUCCUUUCUCCUCAGCCUAUCGGCAUUGUUGUGGCAGCUGUCCCCAGCCCCAUUCCGGUGCAGCGGACCAGGCAGUUGGUAACUUCACCAAACCCAAUGAGUUCUUCUGAUGGCAAAGUCCUCCCCCUCAACGUACAGGUGGUCACUCAGCACAUGCAGUCUGUGAAACAGGCACCAAAGACCCCUCAGAACGUUCCGGCCAGUCCUGGCGGGGACCGUUCUGCCCGCCACCGAUACCCUCAGAUCUUACCCAAGCCAGCCAGCACCAGUGCGCUCACCAUCCGCUCUCCAACCACCGUCCUCUUCACUAGCAGUCCCAUCAAAACCGCUGUUGUGCCCGCGCCACAUGUCAGUUCUCUCAAUGUGGUGAAAAUGACAACAAUAUCCCUCACACCCAGCAGCAGCAAUGCCCCUCUCAAACCUUCUGCCUCAGUCAGCAGUGCUCCAGGAGCGACAGAAGAAUCCAGGAGCAUCCCACAGAUCAAGAAUGGCUCUGUUGUUUCUCUUCAGUCUCCUGGGUCCAGGACCGGCGGCACUGGGGGAACUUCUGCUGUGGAAGUCAAAAUGGAACCUGAAGGAUCAUCAGAUGAGCAUCCCACGCCAUGCCAAGAGAACUCUGAUGGGACUAAAGCCCCCCAGACAGCACCCAGUGUGCUUUUGGGGCAGAAAAGCAAUGCAGAUGGAAUGGGACAAAAGUCCUCAAGUGAAGGUGUUGCUGAGGGGAAAGCGGCAACCAAGGCCUGUGACCAGAGGACCAAAUGUAAAAGUCGCUGUCAUGAAACCCUGCUGGGCGCCUCACCAGGCAAUAAUCAAAGCACUGUCACGCUCUCAGUUGCUACUCAGAACUUAACUUUCACCAGCACCAGCUCACCAACCAAUGGUGACUCAAUAAAUAAAGACUCUAAAUUAUGCACUAGAAGUCCCAGAAAACGACUGUCUUCUACGCUGCAAGAGUCCCAGGUGCCUCCUGUCAAGAAACCAAUCGUGGAACAGCUUUCCGAAGUUGUCAUGGAAGAUCAGAAACCAGGCAGUGUUAAGAACGACCAAAAGGUUCCACAUUCAGGUAAAACUGAAAGUUCCACAGCAGGUGCUCCAAUUCCUACCACACUGUCAGUCAGUAUCGAUUCACACAUGGUAGAAAAUCAGCCCUUGAGUUCUUCUGCUCUUACUGCCAGCGAUUCUACUCUGGAACAGCAAAUAACACCAUCAUCAUCUCCAGAUAUAAAAAUAAAACUUGAAGGGAAUGUCUUUCUCUUGGACCGUGAUGGCAGCUUUAAUCCAAAUGAAUGGCAGCAAGUCACCAAGGAUUCUGAGUUCAUGUCUGGCAGCUGCGAACCACAGCAAGAUAUCAGUGUUAUGGCAAUUGCCGAGCACUCUGAUAUCCACGAUUUAGAGAAAUCUGUUUGGGAAUUGGAAGGAAUGCCGCAGGAGACAUACAGUCAGCAGCUACAUAGCCAGAUACAAGAAUCUUCUUUGAAUCAAAUACAAGCACAGUCUUCAGAUCAGUUACCUCUGCAGUCUGAAUUGAAAGAGUUUGAGCCUUCCGUUUCCCAGACAAAUGAGAGCUACUUCCCUUUUGAUGAUGAACUGACACAAGACAGCAUUGUGGAAGAGCUGGUGCUUAUGGAGCAGCAGAUGUCAAUGAACAAUUCCCACUCUUACGGUAACUGCUUGGGAAUGGCCCUUCAGAGUCAGUCAGUUACUCCAGGAGCGCCAAUGUCAUCUCACGCUUCCAGCACGCACUUCUACCAUCCGAUCCACAGCAAUGGCACUCCAAUUCACACGCCCACCCCCACUCCCACCCCCACCCCCACCCCCACCCCAACUCCAACCCCGACAUCUGAGAUGAUUGCUGGGUCUCAGAGUCUGUCACGGGAGAGCCCAUGCUCCAGGCUGGCUCAGACUACACCUGUGGAUAGUGCUUUAGGAAGCAGUCGACAUACACCCAUUGGUACUCCACACUCAAACUGCAGUAGCAGCGUCCCCCCCAGCCCUGUUGAAUGCAGGAAUCCAUUUGCAUUCACCCCAAUAAGCUCCAGCAUGGCAUAUCAUGAUGCCAGCAUUGUCUCCAGCAGUCCUGUGAAACCAAUGCAGAGGCCCAUGGCCACACACCCUGAUAAGACCAAGCUUGAAUGGAUGAAUAAUGGGUAUAGCGGGGUUGGUAGUUCGUCAGUUUCUGGCCAUGGCAUUCUCCCCAGCUACCAGGAACUGGUGGAAGAUCGUUUCAGGAAGCCUCAUGCUUUUGCGGUGCCUGGCCAGAACUAUCAGUCUCAGUCCCGACAUCAUGACACUCACUUUGGCCGUUUGACUCCUGUCUCCCCUGUGCAGCAUCAAGGUGCCACUGUGAACAGUACCAACAAGCAGGAGGGGUUCGCGGUCCCCGCCCCACUUGAUAAUAAAGGAACAAAUUCAUCUGCCAGCGGCAACUUCAGGUGUCGGAGCGUGAGUCCUGCUGUCCAUCGCCAACGGAAUCUUAGUGGAAGCACCCUCUAUCCCGUGUCUAAUAUCCCAAGAUCUAAUGUGACCCCCUUUGGAAGUCCAGUCACCCCAGAGGUUCAUGUUUUCACCAAUGCGCACACAGAUGCAUGUGCCAACAACAUAGCUCAGAGAAGCCAGUCAGUUCCCCUGACCGUCAUGAUGCAGACAGCGUUCCCAAACGCUCUCCAAAAACAGACAAACAGUAAGAAAAUAACCAACGUUCUGUUGAGUAAACUUGAUUCUGACAGCGAUGACGCAAUGAGAGGCUUGGGAAUGAACAACAUGCCCUCCAAUUACACAGCCCGGAUGAAUCUCACUCAGAUUCUGGAAACUUCUACUGUUUUUCCUAGUGCCAACUCACAGAAUAUGAUUGACUCCAGCACUUCUGUUUAUGAAUUCCAAACACCAUCUUACCUCACCAAAAGUAAUAGCACCGAUCAGAUCAGUUUUUCUCCUGGAGAUAAUCAAGCACAAUCUGAAAUUGGAGAAGAACCAUUAGAUUUCAAUAGUACUGUUAAAGACCUGUUGAGUGGAGACAGCUUGCAAACCAACCAGCAGCUGGUAGGCCAGGUAGCCUCUGAGCUCAGCAGUACUGCGUCAGAUUUCUCUAGUGACAUCAGGUUGUCUUCUGACCUCUCAGGCAGCAUCAACGAUUUGAACACCUUGGACCCAAAUCUACUGUUCGAUCCAGGUCGCCAGCAGGGGCAAGAUGACGGAGCUACACUGGAAGAAUUAAAGAAUGACCCUUUGUUUCAACAGAUCUGCAAUGAAUCCAUGAACUCAAUGGCUUCAUCGGGCUUUGAAUGGAUAGAAAGCAAGGACCAUCCUGCUGUUGAAAUGUUGGGUUAAAUUGUGUUUUAUAAUAUGUAGCACACUGUAUCUAAAGACAUAUGUAUUGUAUUUGUCUUAAUGGAAGUGCCUCCCGCAGCAGAAACACUUACUAUUAAUUGUGACAUUUUUAAAAGCGUUUGCUGCAGAAGUGGUUUCUUCGUCAGUGGGAAAGGAAAUGGUUAGACUCGCCUCAGUUCUGAACACGUUUCUGAAGACAGUAGGCUGUAGAAGAACAAGUAUUAGGUUUUAAAUUUUCUGAUGUUCCCCCAUUUAAUCACAUUGUUUGCUAGUAAAGAAUCGACUUUCCAGGUUUUACAAGAGCAGUCUAGGGCUUUAUUUUAUAUAAGUUUGUUUUAAUUCAUCAGUUGCAUACCCAGAAUUUAGAAAGUAGCAUCAGUUGUAGGUAUAGGGUCUCCUCUUGUCAGCAUUGUUUUGUAGGUAUGAAAUCAUAGGCCCCUCCCCCCACCCCAUGUGAAGUGUAGACAAGCGAGUCCUCCUCGACACGGAUAAUAUUCAGGUGAUUAUAAAUAUUGAGGCUUGAAGCAUUAAAGCUACUGUAGAAGGAAAAUCUCUGUAGGACUUUUCUCGGGCUUCAGUACCAUUCACUCCUACAAUGAAGGGCUUACUUAGAAGAUGAUGGGAAAUCAAAAUGCUAAUUUAAGGAAAGUGAAAGCUGCACUAAAAUUUUUAAGAGGAAAACAAGUAGCCAUUUAUAUUUGUGACCUUGCAUUAAUCUGAUUUUAAAACACUGAUUUUAACAUGGAGCUAAUGUGUACACACACACACACACACAC